AUGGUGAAUUGUUGUGGAUUGGUGACAGUCAAGAAGGAACCAGUUCCUCUGAAGAGUAUUGAGGUUGAGGUGCAUAUACGUGGGCAUGUAGCCACAGUGAAGUCCACUCUGCAGUAUGUGAAUAAAGAGGAGCAGCCCCUGGAGGCUCUGUUUGUGUUCCCUCUGCCUGGAGAAGCUGCUGUCUGUCACUUCAGUGCCAAGAUUGGAGACAAAGAGGUGGUGGCUGAAGUGCAGGAGAAACAGAAGGCGCGGGAACAGUAUGAUGAUGCUUUGAGUUCAGGUCAGCAGGCCUUCCUGUUGGAGGAGAGUGAUGAGAGUCCAGAUGUGUUCAGGCUGAGUGUGGGCAGCCUACCCCCGGGAGAGAGUGCCGCCAUCACCAUCAUCUACGUCAUGGAGCUCACUGUGCAGGCCGACCAUGCCCUACGCUUCUGUCUGCCUGCUGUGCUUAACCCUCGAUACACACCAGCUGGUACACAAGGUUGGGGUAGUGGGAUUGUGUCCCAGGUGACAUCUGUACCAGCAGGAAUGAUCCCUUACAGUUUAUCUCUCAGUGCUCACAUGUCUUCACCAAACCCCAUCUCUAAAGUUGAGUCCAACUGUCCACUGGAGCCACUGGUCUACCAUGACGCAUCUCAGACAAAGGCUACGGUCAGUCUGUCUCCAGGUCACAAGUUUGACAGGGAUGUUGAGCUGCUGCUGUAUUACCAGAACGCCCAUCAGCCCACUGCCAUAGUGGAGGCAGGACUGGCCAGUGGAAAACCUGGCACUCUGAUGGGAGACCCUGUGAUUGUGCUCAGCUUGUACCCAGAGUUCCCUGCAGAAGUGAUGUCAUCACUAACCUCACGUGGAGAGUUUGUGUUUUUGGUCGAUCAGUCUGGCAGUAUGCAUUCUCCAAUGCAUAACGGGAAAGGUUCACAGAUGCGCAUUGAGAGUGCAAGGGAUACUCUGCUCCUGUUGCUGAAGAGCCUUCCACUGGGUUGCUAUUUCAAUAUCUAUGGCUUUGGUUCCAGAUAUACAUCUUUCUUUCCUAAGAGUGUGCAGUACAGUCAGGAGACAAUGGAUCAGUCACUGAAGAAAGUGAGUGAGAUGAGGGCAGAUUUGGGUGGCACAGAGAUCCUGGAGCCGUUAAAGCACAUCUACAGCCAACCAUGUGUCCCAGGUCACCCCAGACAGCUGUUUAUUUUCACUGAUGGUGAAGUCAGCAACACCAAAGCAGUCCUGGAUCUGGUGAAGAGCAACGUUGGCUCUCACAGGUGCUUCUCCUUUGGCAUUGGGCAGGGUGCCAGUACUGCGCUGGUCAAUGGAAUGGCUAAGGAGGGAUGUGGCCACGCCCAGUUUAUCACAGGGAAAGACAGACUGCAGCCCAAAGUAAUGCAGUCUCUCCGCUUUGCCCUGCAACCAGCUAUAGUAGACAUCGCUGUGAAAUGGAAACUUCCGGAUGGUGUAUCUGUCACCACUUUGUCUCCCCCACUAAAUGUGGUCUUCCAGGGUCAAAGAGCUCUGCUCUAUGCCCAGUUAACAGGGCUGAGUUCUGAACAUAGUGAAGGAUCUGUAACGGUGGACUAUAGCUUAGCAAAUCAACCCAUCACAAACCAGCUCAGCUUUUCACUCCAAUCUGUUGAGGAUUCACAACUGGCCCUUCAUCGGCUUGGGGCUCGGGCCCUGAUCCGUUCUCUGGAGAUGGAGGAGAGGGCUGUGGGUGGAGAGAAGGAGGAACUGAAAAGGAGAGUGGUGGAGCUCAGUCUUCAGGCAGGAGUCAGUAGUGCAUUCACUGCCUUCAUCGCCACAUACAAGGGCAGUGGACAGCCUGUGCAAGGACCUCUGGUGAAAAGAAAUGUGCCUGCCCCAAAGGCACCUGAAGAUGUUGCUUGGUGCUCACCUUUUACCCUGCAUGAAUAUCCCACAAGCAGUCGUCAUCACUACUCUCCUGACUGCUCUCCUCACUGUCAGUUUGUCCUACCACCUGUGAAGAGGGCAACUGGAUUUCUGAUCCUGGCUGUGCCUGUUGACUAUAGUUUGCACUAUGUUCAUGUUGACGAUGAAGAGAGAGUUCAUGGUAUUGACUUUAACUUAAUUUAUCUUACAGUGCUUAAGCGUAUGGCUUGCUGUGCUGCGCCCAUCAGCAGUCCUCCUGUUUCAGCUUGUGGCAUCUCGCGGUCAAUACCAUUGCCACAGCCAACACCACUGGGUUCUCCAGCUCUGAUGAUGGCUCUAGACACUUUGCAGCCAGGACCAUUUCUGCGAACGUGUUCUCAAAUUCCGAGGAAGGUAGCCCCUCAGCCUCAGAGGGACCCUCUCCUCCAGCUAAUUUCUCUCCAAAAGGCCUCAGGCUCCUGGGAGUUGGAGUCUGCGCUGGCCGAGGUGUUUGGAAAGACUGAAGGAGAAGUGGCCCUACAGAUGCCUGUGCAGGUGGACAGGGCAUUGUGGGCCACGGUGCUGGCUCUGAUCUGGCUUUAUGGGUUCAGGCUGGAUGCCCAGGAGGAGUGGCAGUUUUUGGCCAUGAAGGCUGUGUCAUGGAUCCAAGCUCAGAAAGGAGCCAGUGUGUCUGAGUGUGUUAAGGCUGGAAAUGCUCUCCUGGGGUGUCAGGUAGAGGUGGAGACUCUGGGGCUUUGAAAGAGCCUCCCACACUCAGAUCAGUUUCCCUGAACACUGGACCUCACUCAGUCCUCUAAAUGGAUGCUGCCUCUGUCCUUGACCAGUUCAGGCAAUUUGUGUUUCUA